AUGCAUAUUGAAGUUACUACAAAUAACAUGGUCAAUAGAAAGCCAUUAACAUUAAAAGAGGAGAUAUUGAAUGAAUUAGGAAUAAGGGAGUUAUUAUUAGAAGAAGAAAAUAAAGAUUCUUGUAAAGAAAAUUCAUUAACAUUAGUAGGCACUAAGUUCAUCUUGCAAGAAGGAAUAGGAGCAAAUGAAGGAGCGGUUGGAAAAAGGGUUGAAACUGGAAUAGUAGGCACAGAAGGAGUAACAGGCGGCCAAGAGAUAUUUAGUAGGGCAGGAAGAAGGAGCAGAGAAUUAUUGAGCAUGAUCAUUAGCAAGAUUGUCAGAUUUGUUAGCAUUAUGGUUGCCAGCAUUAACAUGGUGAGUAGUGGAUCACAAGACUUGAAUCUGAAUCAAGAAUACUGGCUAGCUCCUUGUCAAGGGUGGAAAGAAGAGAACUUUGCCCUGAAAACUGAUAGUUUGUUCCAUGGCAGAAUCCAUAGUUUCUUGCCACAUCAUAUUACUUGGCAAUUUUGUCGAUUACUGCCAGUACUUGAUGUUCCUAUAUUCUCCAAGAACACAAGUGCUGAUGGAAAUUCCAAUAAAGGUAUAGCUGCAUAUAAACAUAUAAGAGAAGUAUUCAAGCUUGAUGUAAUUCUAAGGCAAACAGGUAAUUCAAACGAACAAAAAGAAUUCUGUGACAUACUUCUAAGGAUGCAUGAUGGGGAAAGCAGCCUUGACAAUUGGAAGAUACUCAGUACAUAG